CUUCCUCUUCCUCCUCCCUCACUCUCUCCAAUUGCGCGCCGAGUUUCGGAAAUUUUCAGCAUCUCUGGAGGAAGCAUUUGAGCCAGAAAGCGGCUGCGUCAGCAGGAGGUAGACACGGAUCUCAUCCUGAUGUACCUGGAGAACAUCACUGUGUAACCUCACCUACAGAGAACCUGGGACAGAGAUGACCGCUUGUCCUGCUUCCUUAACCAGCGGAUGCCUUUAAAUCAUCUUGAUAGCUGCUCCUUUGCGCAUUCCAAAUCUCCCAUCGUUCCCUGUUCGGUAUCUUUGGUUGCUUUUUUCACACUGAGCCAGAAUGAGUGAAUCGCAGGAAGCGAGUUCUCCUGUGGCCGGGAUUGGAGGCCCGGUGGCCUGCGUCACUAAAGUGGAGCUGCGUGUGUCCUGUAAAUCCCUGCUGGACCGCGACACGCUGAAAAAGUCAGACCCCUGUGUCAUCCUAUUGGUGCAGAGCCAAGGGCAGUGGACAGAGCUGGAUCGCACUGAAGUGAUCAAGAGCAACCUGAACCCAGUGUUUGCUAAAGUCCUGCUGUUAGAUUACUACUUUGAGGAGGUCCAGAAGCUGCGCUUUGAGGUCUACGACAUUCACGGGACCCACAGCAUCGGCACCCGCGAUGACGACUUCCUGGGUGGGAUGGAGUGCACACUCGGGCAGAUAGUGGCUCAGAAAAAGAUGGUGAAGCCUUUGUUACUGAAAUACGGAAAAUAUGCCGGAAAGUCUAGCGUUACGAUCCAUGCUGAGGAAAUUUCAGGCAACAACGGAUACGUUGAGUUCGCGUUCUGUGCCAAGAAGUUGGAUGAUAAGGAUCUCUUCAGCAAAUCCGACCCAUUCUUGGAGAUCUACCGCAUGAAUGAUGACGACACAGAGCAGCUUGUACACAGAACAGAAGUGAUCAAGAACAACCUGAACCCCGUGUGGCAGCCGUUUAAAGUCUCCCUCAUUUCCCUGUGCAGCUGUGACGAGGACCGUAAGUUAAAGUGCCUGGUGUGGGAUUAUGAUUCGAGAGGGAAGCAUGACUUCAUUGGCGAGUUUUACACCACGUUCAAAGAGAUGCAGAAAGCUUCUGGAGAAAACAAGGUCACAUGGGACUGCGUGAACCCAAAGUACAAAGUAAAGAAGAAGAACUACAAAAACUCUGGCCUGGUCAUCCUCACAGAUCUGAAGCUCCACAGAGUUUACUCCUUCUUGGACUACAUCAUGGGAGGAUGCCAGAUUCACUUUACAGUUGCCAUCGAUUUCACGGCAUCAAACGGAGACCCCCGCAAUAGCUGCUCGCUCCACUACAUCAACCCGUACCAGCCCAACGAGUACCUGAAGGCUUUGAUAGCCGUGGGUGAGAUCUGCCAGGAUUAUGACAGUGACAAAAGGUUCUCGGCUCUGGGCUUCGGCGCUCGAAUUCCACCCAAUUAUGAGGUGUCACAUGACUUUGCCAUCAAUUUCAACCCUGAUGAUGAUGAAUGUGAAGAGAUUCAGGGGGUGGUAGAAGCUUACCAGAACUGCCUGCCCAAGAUCCAGCUCUAUGGACCAACUAAUGUGGCUCCUAUAAUCAGCAGACUAAGCAAGCAAGCUGCAGGGAAGGAGCCCAUUAAAGACGCAUCUAAAUAUCACAUCUUGCUGAUCCUCACGGACGGCGUCGUGACCGACAUGGCGGACACGCGGGAGGCCAUCGUUCGCGCGUCCUACCAGCCUCUAUCCAUCAUCAUCGUGGGGGUCGGGAAUGCCGACUUCACUGACAUGCAGAUCCUGGACGGGGACGACGGAGUCCUGCGCUCUCCGAAAGGAGAACCUGUCCUGAGGGACAUUGUCCAGUUUGUUCCCUUCAGAGACUUUAAAACGGCGUCUCCUGCUGCACUGGCGAAGUGCGUCUUAGCCGAGGUGCCCAAGCAGGUCGUCGAGUACUUCAGUCACAAGGCCAUUCCUCCCAUGAAUCCUGUUUUAGACUCGAUGCCCAGCUCCAUUGCCAACACCCCAGAUUAACACAUCCACCUGUGUCCUGACCUCCACUCCGUCCCUUCACACCUCCGAGUGCGAGACGCGAGAACGUCCAUGCUACAAACACUACAUCUCCGUUCCGUCUCCUUGUUUAUACGCACUGCGUUUCCACAGAAGAAGGAUUCGUUCUUCUUGGAUCGUGUCUCGUGUUUGGCGUCGUGCCAAAAUCAUUAUCGUGAUCAUUAUCUGUGCUGGAAUCUUUGUAUAAACCUUCCCACUACACUUCCAGACCUCUGACCCCUGCCAGCUCUCUGCAACUUCUCUGCUAAGGCCAUCUCUUUAUUUUUUUAUCCUGUGCCUUUACAGGACCGUUUCAGUGUUUGCUCUGUCUGUCUGUCUGCUGUGUUUAUCUUCACCGCUCCACAUAUUUUACUGCAGGCUUCACGCUGGCUUUUCACCACCACGCUUUCGGCAACAACACGCCGGAUUGAGUGCGAGCAGAACGGACGUUACCUGAUACUUAGCUAUAACCGCUGAUAUCUGUAACUCAGAAUUACUUAUAUGAAAGCAGGAUAUCGUCAUAGGCGUAAAGCUUUCGCGCUGAAAAACAGGAACACAGAAAAAAGAAAUAACAGGAAAGCUACACUUACUAUUAGCCAGCAAAAAUACAGUAAGAAAUGGGUCUCGUUUGUAUUUUUUUAGACAAUCCACCUUGUUUGUGUUCAUUACACACAACUGUAUUCCCUAUGCACUCUUUACAUACUGAUAAUCACAUGGUAUGGAUUUUAACAACAAAUAACAAACAGG